CCAGUAGAUUUUAUUUAACAGAAACACUGUUAAAGUAUGGAGAAGUCUGGCAGCAUACCCAAAUUGCCUCAUUCUGGUUACACUUGCACUACAAAAAUAUCCUUUCUAAAGUUUUUAAGAAAAGAACAAGACAUGGCUGAACAUGUACAUGAGACUAAUAAUGCACCAAAGGAAGAAGAAAAUGAAACACCACGAAUAAAUAAUUUUGCCCAAAAAUUUCUAGCUGACUUGGAUGAGGAACGUGAACGACUUGGUGCAGAUUUUCCUUUGUGCGCUUUAUUAAUUGACGAAGCGUUUGAAAGGGUUUACUCUACAGGACGUAUACCAGGUAGAGAAUAUUAUGCAGAUGUAUACCAACAAAAACCCAUAAAAGUCACACAGAAAGUUUUCGUUCCUGUCAAGCAAUUUCCUAAGUUUAAUUUCACCGGGAAAAUUCUUGGACCCAAAGGUAAUUCUUUAAGAAGAUUACAAGAAGAAACUCAAUGUAAAAUUGUAAUAAAAGGACGAAACUCAAUACGAGAUCGCACUAAGGAGGAAGAAAUGCGCGAAUCAGGAGAUCCACGUUUCGCACAUUUGAAUCGAAGUUUAUAUGUGGAAAUUAGUACAAUAGCAGCACCGGCGGAAUGCUACGCUCGUAUUGCGUACGCCUUAGCUGAGAUCCGCAAGUAUCUUGUUCCAGAUAAAAAUGAUGAUGUGUCACAUGAGCAACUCUUAGAAUUAAUGGAAAUAGAUCCUAAGUCGGCAAAACAGUAUUCGAGAUCUAUCCUCGACAAAAAGAUGAUGACUGGUCCUAGCUCAUCUAAAUUUUAUAAUCUUGCCCGUCAUGGGGAUCAACAGGGAAUGUAUCAAAAUGAAUCUGAUGAGGAAGUUUACGAAACUAAAGUACAUACUCGUUUAGUGACUCCCAUCCAUAAUUAUGGGUAUGUUAAGGUUAUCCCAUCAACAGCACCUUAUAAACGUCCACCUACCGCCAUAUAUGGAACUGAAUUAAAACGUACUCGCGACACAACUAUAAAAUCAUAUAAACCACCAUCAUUUGGAAUAAUUAAGAAAUAUAAAUAAAGUGUCUUAAUAAUAUAAUGUUUAUAAAAUGUGUUGCAAAACUCAAAUUUCAAAACUAUAACAUGUAAUAUAUAUAAUAUAUGCUUAUGUUCGAAAAAUAACUCAAAAUACAAAAAAGAACAUAAUAUAUACUAUUUGAAGUUAACUAACGUACAUCUAACAGAACAAGGUAACAUUAUAUCAAUAUAAACAAUGUAAAAUGAGGGAGAUUAUAAUAGUUACACAAUCUUUGAAAGAAAAAAAUAAAAUAAUCAAUUAUUACCAUGAAAUAACAUAACUUCGUAAAAUUAUCCUUAAAAAACUUAAAUGUUUAAUUUCGUUUUCUUUUACAUGUUAUUGUAAGUAUUAAUCACUUGAUUUUGUUACAGAAAUUUCAAAUAAAACUCAUUUGAACGUAAA